GGUAACCACACCCACCUCGAUUUCCACCUCUAGUCAUACAGAUACUGAUUUGCAAGUUCUACCAUUCCGAAGGACCUCCGGUACAGAUAGGUUUCUCUCUCCUUGUCGCCCAGCUACUGUGAGUCUGUGACGCUGCCGCCGUAGUCUCGGAUCAAAGGGCAAGUCGUCGUUUAGUUCUCUGGAAACCACCCAAUUACUGUCGGAGAACCGCGUAGCAGAGCUCGGUGUUUGCACGACUAAUAACAGAGCGAGACAGUUUUUGAAGGUAGAAAUUUUAGGGUUUUCUGCGAAUUAAGAUAAUGUCUUCGGGCAAUCCCAAGGACGGGGACUUGCAGAUAAUACCAGCGGCGGCGGAUAAUCCAAGGCCGCCAGCAGUUCCGCCCCGUCCACUCAUGGUGGCCACGUCUGCGGGAUCAAAUGCAAUCGUGGAGUAUACAGGGCCGGUGUUCAAGGAACCAGAAGAGGACUUGGAGCUCAAGCUUCGGCGGAUACUUGAGAAUGUACCGGUUCGAGUCAGCAAUACUUCUGGCAGUUCCGCCGGUGCCGGCUCCGGUGACUUUCAUCAGUAUCGGCAAAUGAGGCGGAAAGAGCAAGAUCGGGUUGCUAGGAUGGAGGUCGACUACCUGAGAAGGAAAGAAGAAGCAGAAUUCAGCAUGAGAAGGGAGGAAAGGUUGAAAGCUGAGGAGGAGCAGAGAGCCAAAAAACGUGCCAAGCGGCAAAAGAAGAAGCAGAAGAAGAAAGAGAGGAGGAAGACGCAACCAGGUCCUGCCGAAGGAGCAGCAGGGCUCCAGAAACAAGAAUCUUCGGAUGAUGGAUCUGAGAGCGAGGAUGAAUCGACAAAGUGAACACCAAGGUUCCGCUGUAUCUUUCAAGUUCAGAAGACUUUCUUCAAUUUCAAGCCUUUUCUUCGUCCGCAUACUAUAGAUUUUGUACUAUGCAAUGUAUUUAAACCAGCUGUAGUUGUGUGAGAUCCAAAUAGGCAUAUGAUCUUUGGGCAAAUGAGAUUAUUACAUGGUUCUCAUCAUGCAUUUCUGUAGUACCCUCACUGAGAGUACCUCUGCUCUUGUUCUUGUAGCAACUAUUGUGGUUACUCAUCGAGCUGAUUCCCUGGAAUGGGCCGGCUACGAAAAUUUUCUGACUGUUCUUUGAGCCAUUAAUUCAUCGAUCAAGGGCCACGGCCCAAAUCUGAC